AUGGAAGACAGCAACGCAAAUGCAAAAAGAAAGCGUACACUUGACAUUGUAGUCGAUUCACCUAAUAACUUAGAUUUGGAUACUUAUAUUGCGAAUUAUAAAGGACAUACCAAAGUUGAUCGUUUACUCUUUAUAGCAAAACGAUGUCCUCCUCUACAGAUUGAUGCGUACAAGCUUGCUUUGCAAGAACUACGCGAUAACUCUUUAGAUCAUACUAAAUAUCUCAACACUGCUAAUAAACUUAAUGAAGUCUUGGCUUCUCAAGGUUAUCCAUCUUAUCCUGUGGAUAACGCGUGGGUUGAAACGACUCAAAAACGUGCAAAGACAACUUUGGAAAGGUUAGAGGUUGAAUUGAAGAAUUUUAAAAAUAAUUUAAUAAAAGAAAGCAUAAGAAUGGGUCAUAAUGAUCUUGGUGAUCAUUAUUAUCAUUGCGGAAAUCCUACUAAUGCGUUAAAGUGUUAUUCAAGAACAAGAGAUUAUUGUACUACAUCAAAGCAUGUUAUAGAAAUGUGCUUGAACGUGAUCAAAGUAUCCAUCGAAUUGGGUAAUUUUUCUCACGUACAUAGUUAUGUUAUCAAAGCUGAGUCUACUCCAGAUAUUCAACCUGUAGUGCAAGCAAAACUUAAAGUUGCUGCUGCGUUGGCGCAUCUUGACAGUAACAAAUAUAAGCAAGCUGCGAAUUUGUUCUUGGAAACUAGUUUUGAGAUUUCUCAUCCUCAAAAUAAUUAUUCUGAGGUCAUCUCUCCAAACGACAUAGCUGUGUAUGGUGGUUUAUGUGCACUUGCUUCUUUUGACCGUAAACAACUUAAAAAACAAGUGAUCGAUAAUACGGAAUUUAAACAAUUUCUUGAACUUGAGCCUCACAUACGGGAACUCAUUUAUGGAUUUUAUAACUCAAAGUAUUCAAUUGUGCUGGAUAUUUUAGACAGAUGGAAGAAUGAUUAUCUACUUGACCUUCACUUGCACAACCAUGUAGAAAGCCUUUAUGAAAAUAUUCGUAAAAAGGCACUGGUACAAUAUUUCAGUCCUUUCCUUACUGUAGAUAUGAAUAAAAUGGCACAAUCUUUCGGAACCACAGUUCCAAAGCUAGAAAGAGAACUUGCCAAGCUGAUCACAGAAAACCACAUUCAAGCACGAAUUGACAGUCAUAAAAAGAUUCUAUGCGCCAAACAACAAGAUCAUCGUAGUGGCAUAUUUCAAAAGUCAUUGAAGAUGGGUGAUGAUUUUGAACAAAGUACUAAUGCAAUGUUACUUCGUAUGAAUUUGUUGAAAAUGAACCUUAUCGUGCAAACAAAUCAGAAGGGAGAAGGAAGUAGGCGUCAUUAA